AUGAAGAUAGCAUUGCUUGCAUUGUUCUUUCUCCUUGCCUUGAGCAACAAGCCACUGCUUGGUGCGGCUGGACCCGCACCCGAGCAAGUAGUUGACACAUCUGGCAAGAUCGUUCGAGCCGGUUAUAAUUACUAUAUUGUCCCUGCUUCCGCUAACGAGGGUGGCCUCUCCCUUGCCAGCACAAGUGAGAAUGAUUGCCCUCUUGACGUUAUAGCCGUCAACGGAUAUCAAGGCUUGCCCUUGGUAUUCCAACCAGUUAACGUCAAGAAAGGCGUUGUUCGUGUUGACACAGAUCUCAACAUCUAUUUCUCAUAUUAUACAGAUUGCGGCUCCACCGUGUGGAAACUCAAGGACUAUAACUAUGCACUUGGACAACAAUUUGUUACCAUUAAUGGUGUUUUAGGAAACCCUGGAGCUAACACCAUUGGCAAUUGGUUCAAGAUUGAGAAGUACGAGGAUGCUUAUAAGCUAGUGUAUUGUCCAAGUGUGUGCAAUGGUUGUUACUACCAGUGUAGUGACUUAGGGAUUUAUGAAGAUGAGUGGGGCAAGCGUCUAGCUUUCAGCAAUGUGCCACUCAAGGUUCAGUUUCAGCGUGCAUGA